AUGUAUUCCAAGUAUGAUUUUAUUAAGGAUCUUAAUCCUACUAAGGAGGAGUGGAGGAUUAAGGCUAGAGUUGUUAGAACAUGGAAGGUUCCUAAUUUUCAGCAAAAAAAAUUUGACGAUAACGUAGAGAUGAUUCUGUUAGAUGAAAAGGGUGGAAAGGUCCACGCUGCUGUCAAGGGUUCUUUGCAUAUCCGUAAAAAAAUUCACGAAGGAGAAGUUUAUUGCAUAAAAAUUUUUGGAGUUGGUUUGAAUAGUGGUAGUUUCAGGCCAACUAAGCAUGAUUAUCCUUUGUCUUUCAACUUAAGGACUGAUGUAAAAUCCACUAUUGAGUCUGCUAUUCCCACCAAUGGAUUUGAUUUUGUAGAUUUUGACGUUAUAGAGAAAGAGUCUUCUGAUUCCCCUUAUUUAGUAGAUGUCAUCGGUUUAGUCUCUGGAAUAGGGGAAGUUCGUGAGCACAUUAUCUCCGGUAGGAAGACAAAAAUGGUUGUCGUGGAGCAUGAUAACCUCAGGGGUCACAAGCUCGAGUGCACUCUCUGGGAGGACUACGUGGACCAGGUGCAACAAUUUUUGGGGAGUAAUCAGUCUCCUCAAAACGUGAUGAUAGUUCAGCUUGCUAGAAUAAAGGGUUUCAGGGGAAAAAUUGGAAUAACAAAUACAAAGUAUACGACGAGGAUAAUUAUCGAUCCCAGUGUACCAGAGAUUGUCGACUUCAAAAAAAGGCUUUCGUCUGAUGUCAUUGAUAGCGGUUACACGCUGUCUCAGUUAUCAAGUCAGUCCUCAUAUUCUUUUGAGAAUGAUUUCCUGAAAGAGACGGAAAGAAAGUGUAUCAGUGAUGUUAAGAAUUGUAGUGAGUUGAGAGUUGUGGAUCACACUGAUUCUGCAUCUUUCAUUCUGUUUGAUAGAGAUUGUGUCGCUUUGUUGGGCAUGAGUGCUGCGGAUUUACGUGAGCAGCAUUUCAAAAGGGGUGCUGAUUUGGAGCACUAUCCUAAGGAACUUAAUGUUCUUAUUGAUAAAUCCAUGUUGUUUAAAGUGAAUGUGAAAAAAAAUAAUUUGGACUCAUACAGUGAGCCUAAGUAA